UGACGUAAUUCGUGCUCGUAGUCUUUGCUAAAGCUCUCUAAUAUCAAAAUACGCACGACUGUUACGAGAAUUGAAAAUAGUAAUUACUCGUGACUUUUAUUUGCUGUUUGUAGAUACUUUUUAAAUAAAGAUGGCAAAUUCCAACAUACUUUUGAUGGGUUGCCCGGGAGCUGGCAAGACAACUGUUGGAAUGAUAGUUGCCAAGUUAUUAGAAAUGAAAUUUAUCGACUUUGAUUCCGAUAUAUUGGAAAAAGUUUGGGGGAUGAAAGUUGCUGACAAGUUGAAAGCAUUGGGAUCAGAUCAAUUUAUAGAAACAGAGGGUGAAGUAUUUUUACAGCUUGAGGCCAGCAAAUCUGUAAUAUCGCUAAGUGGAUCUACUCCAAUGUAUACUCACUUUAAAUCUCAUGCUCAAUCUUUGGGACGAAUUUUCUUUCUUGAUGUUUCACAUGAAGACAUUCUUAAAUAUUUAAACAAGAAAACUACAGAUGGUGCCAAUGCCAUUGUAGGCAAAUAUGAGGGAAUGACUUGGGCUGACAUUAUAGAAUACAGACAGCAGUUUUAUGUUCAUAACUAUGAUGCAAGGAUAAUUUGUGAGCAAGAAGCACCAACAUCCAUUGCUGCAAAGUUGGUGAAAUUGUGGAGACAUUUAGAAGGGAAUAAUGGCUAUAAGAGUACAAGAAGUUUGGUUUUGGAAGAGAAACAAAAGUCAUUUUUUGAUGUUGUGAUAGAGGGGCUAGCUCAGGAUGGAGGAUUAUAUAUUCCAUAUGGAGGAAUACCCUAUUUUACUGCAGGUCAGUUGCAACGACUUAUUCCAUUGUCCUACACAGACCGUGCUGCAAUGAUAUUAGAGGCAUGGAUAGAUCCAACUGAACUACAUCCAUCUCACUUACAUCACAUGAUUAGACAAGCAUAUUCUAGUUUUGAAGAUGAACAUGUGGCACCAGUAAGAAAAAUAGAUGAUCGUAUUUAUAUUCAAGAAUUAUUUCAUGGCCCAACAGCAUCGUUCAAAGAUCUUGCACUUCAACUCAUGCCUUUGAUAUUUGACGAGGCUGUUGCCAAUGAAAGAAGAAAAGGAUCAUCAGAGAAAGUGAAAUACUUAAUGUUAGUUGCAACAUCAGGGGACACUGGCAGUGCUGUACUUCACGGUUUUAAAGAUUGUUAUAAUGUUGCGGUAAUGGUGUUUUAUCCCAAGAAAGGUAUCAGUGAAACACAACGGAGGCAAAUGACGAGCAUGAGGGCAAAAAACAUCAAAGUCAUUGGUAUUGAUGGAGAUUUUGACUUUUGUCAAACUACAGUCAAACAAAUAUUCACAGAUAAAGAUUUUGCAACCAAAGUCUUGAAUAGUUAUGGAUAUAAAUUGUCUGCAGCAAACUCAAUCAACUGGGGUAGGCUAUUACCUCAGGUAGUCUAUCACAUGUCUGCUUAUUUGGACUUAGUUAAACAAGGAGAAAUCUCAUUUGGCGAACCCAUUGAUAUUUGUGUUCCAACAGGAAAUUUUGGAAAUAUUCUUGCAGCAUUUUAUGCCAAGGAAAUGGGUGUUCCAUUCCAAACCUUAAUUUGUGCAUCCAACAGCAACAAUAUCCUUCAUGAAUUUUUGUCAACUGGCAAGUAUGACAUGCGUGAACGACAGCUCCAGAGGACCAUCUCUCCAUCCAUAGAUAUAUUGAAAUCUUCAAACUUGGAGCGAUUUCUGUUUCAUGUGACCAAAGACAGUGACUACAUCAGAACUUUGUUUCAGCAGCUAUCAAGAGAGAAAUUUUUUCAGAUUCCCAAAAGUUUACUAGAACAAAUAGGAAGCAUUGUUGAGUCAGGAUGGGUGAAUGAUGAUGAAAGUAAGAAAACAAUAAGAACAUUUUAUGAAAACAAACACUACCUUCUUGACCCACACACUGCAGUUGCUGUGAAUGUAGCAAUAAAAAGAGAAUCUUUAAGAAAGGUGAUAGUUUCAGGUACAGCUCAUUAUGGUAAGUUUGGAAAAGAUGUUUUGCUGGCACUAGACACAGCACUUGAGAGCGAGAGUCCUCGUGAGAUAUUGAAAGAACUGGAUGAGUUACAAGUUGAGCCAAAAAUGAACAAGAGUUUAAAAAAAGCAAUGGUGCAAAAUGAAGUGCAAAGCAAUUACUGUGAAAGAAAUCUUGAAAUGAUUAAAGGAAUCAUUUUUGAUUUUCUUAAGCAACUACAACAUGUAUAAUGCAUCAAGAAUCAACAUGGAUAUGAAAAAAUAAUUUGUGAAAGAAAGGAUAAAUUUAGGUUAUCAACAGAUUUUUGACUUUAUAACAAAGCUAUCUUCAGACAGAAUAAUAAACAAUAUUUUACAAACACAUAAUUUUGAAACAAGUAUGUUACUUGUGAACUAACCUAUAAUGAUUCUCUCUUUUUCUUCUUCUUUGUCUUUGAAGUGCUCAUGUGCUAUAAAGAAAAGUAAGUGAUCUUAAUCAAUUGAUAACCCAUAAUUUGAACUUCCAAUGAUUUUACAAACGUUAUGAUAAAUGUCGAAAUAAUGGAAAAAUUUAUUGUGGAAAAAUGUAAUUCUUUGAAUAUAAACAGUAAAUUUUGAUAUAAUCAUAAAA